AUGGAGAAGUGUAGCACUAGACUAGUAACGAAGCAAACAGGGAUGAAGUGUGCAGUAGACACUCGAGAACCAGCGAAGGGAAAUGUUGAUCUGCAGAAAGUGAUGGAAAGAGUGAAAGCCAUCACAGAAAAUGUCAACAUAAAAGAUCUGGAAAGUGUUCUAGGCAACAUGAGCAUCACGCUAACUGACAAAGAACUUGAAGAUCUGACAAAAAGCCUGCCCAUCAGUGUUGAUAAUAAAGUAUCUCUGAGAACUUUGCAAGAUGAAGCAAAAGCUUUUACUGGUGAAAAAAUUGACUCUAGUAACCUCCAAAAUACACUUAAGACUAUGGGGAUUGAGCUUUCUGAUAAGGACUUGAAGCAACUCCUGAAAACACUGCCCAUUGAUGAUCAUGGAAAGGUGUUUCAGAGCAGACUGCUGAAAGAUGUCAAGAGUAAUAAACGAGGCAAGGUUGAUGUAAAUAACCUGGAUGCUGCUUUAGGAGCCCUCAACAUCAAGCUCACAGAAAAGGAACUUGAGCAGACAAAGGAAAUCCUGAGCGUAGGACAUAAGAAAGUUGGCCUGGGAAAGCUGUUGGAUACAAUACAAUCUGUUACAGGAAAGGAAGUUGAUGUCCAUGAUGUGGAUAAAGUUCUUGGAGACAUGGGAAUAGAACUUACAGAUGCCCAGCUCUCCAAAAUAAUGAACAACGUUCCAGUUGACGAUGGGAAAGUCUAUCUGAGAAGGAUGCUGGACAGUAUGCAGUUUUUUAAAGGAGGGAAGGUUGAUUCCAGUAGAGUGGACACGGUUUUGGGAAAUAUGGGAAUUACUCUCUCUCAAAACGAGCUUGAAGAUCUAAUAAAAAAUCUGAACAUUGAUGAAAACGGUAAAGCUGAACUGAGAAGGGUUAUGAGUGAAGCGAAACCUUUUACAGGCCAGACAGUUGAUACAAAUAGACGGCAAAAUGUUUUGGAUCGCUUUGAUAUUGAACUUAAUCCUUAUGAAUACUCAAGGUUGCUGAAUAUGUUGCCAGUUAAUGAUAAUGGAAAAGUUUUUCAGAAAAGGUUGGCGAAGGGCAUGAAGUCUCUUAAUGAAGGCAGUGUUGAUAUCAAUACCCUGGAUACGUUUUUAGAAAACAUGGGGAUUGAGAUCACAGAGAAAGAAUUCAUGGAUCUAACAAAAAGACUGCCCGGAACCGCUGAUGGGAAGGUGAAAUUAAAUGACUUAAUGGAAGAACUGAAUGUUGUUUUAGGAGAAUCAAUAGAUGUUAAUGACCUAGAAGAUACUCUGAAAGACAUGAAAGUUGAGUUGACGGACAAAGAUUAUUUGCAUCUGAUGAGAGACCUUCCAUUUGAUGCUUCAGGAAAAGUAUUUAAGAAAAGGAUAUUGGAUGGUAUAAAGCAUCUUAAAGGAGGAAAAGUUGAUGCAAAUAACUUGAACCAAUUUCUGGAAACCAUGGAGCUCGAGCUCUCACAGAAAGAAUUUGAAGACUUUGAAGAAAACCUGCCAGUUGAUGAGAAUGGGAAGGUUGAUCUGAAAAACAUUGUACCAAAAUUGAAAGAUUUUGAGGGAGAAAAGAUUGCUGUAGGUGGCCUGAAAAACACUCUUGGAGAGAUAGGCGUCGAGCUCAAUGACCGAGAAUAUGUGGGCCUGCUGGAGACCCUGCCAUUUGAUGAAAAUAACAAAGUUUUUCUAAGUAGACUCCAGUCAGGUCUGAGGGCUUUCAGAGGGUCGUGA